CACUGCCGAUACGUCUUGUUGGUGGAAGUGACGCGCAUGCGUCCGGAGCUGUCAUUCCUAUUUUCCAUCCUUUGGUUUUGCUCCCCUUUCCCGGUUCGGCUCGGCUUGGGUUUCGGCCCUGGUUCUGCCCCGUCUCUGUUUUGGUUCGGUCUGCUUCUAGUAUCGCCCACCCCUCCCCGCUGUGCGGCGCUGACUCGUUCACACAGACGGCUGUUCAGAGACAAGGGAAGAUGUCCACCACCGCAGGCGGAGAGUUCGGUAACCCGCUGCGGAAAUUCAAGCUCGUUUUCCUGGGCGAGCAGAGCGUGGGGAAGACCUCCCUCAUCACCAGAUUCAUGUACGACAGCUUUGACAAUACCUACCAGGCAACCAUUGGAAUAGAUUUCCUGUCAAAAACAAUGUAUUUAGAGGAUCGUACGAUCCGGCUGCAGCUCUGGGACACGGCCGGACAGGAGCGAUUCCGCAGUCUCAUUCCCAGCUAUAUCCGCGAUUCUGCCGCGGCCGUCGUGGUGUACGACAUCGCAAAUCUAAACUCCUUUCAACAAACCUCCAAGUGGAUCGAUGAUGUCAGAACAGAGAGAGGAAGUGAUGUCAUUAUCAUGCUGGUCGGGAACAAAACAGACCUGGCUGAUAAGAGACAGGUCUCUAUAGAGGUGGCUGAGCGGAAGUCCCGUGAGCUCAAUGUGAUGUACAUAGAGACCAGCGCCAAGGCAGGCUAUAACGUCAAGCAGUUGUUCCGUCGUGUGGCUGCUGCCCUGCCUGGGAUGGACAGCACACCUGAGAAAAGCAAAGAGGACAUGAUCGAUAUCAAACUGGAGAAGCCUCCUGAACAGCCAGUCACUGAGACCAGCUGCUCCUGCUAAUCCCGUCCCCCUUUUUCAACAGCUCGUCUCCCAUUGGCCAUUUACACCAACCAUGUCAGACGCCAUUGGCUAGAGAACCUACUUCCAGACGGCUCAGUGACUAUCCGGAGUAACCGUGUGGAUGUGCUAUUACAUUUAAACGAAACAAAAUUAAAAUUUUAAAACUAAUCAAUUUAAAACCACAGGAUAAGUUUAAAUGCUGAAAAGUUCAAAUCUCAUCUAUUACGACUGCAUGGCGUAUUUAGGAUUGCAGACUGAGAUAGCUUCUCCCACCUCUCUUCAGUUAUUGCACUUUUUUUUGUUUUUUGAAGCAAAAAUGGUGCCGGUACACUCUUGUCAUUGUUGAAUUAUAAUAAUAAAAAUUAUAAUAAAAAAUGUGUGUUUCAAAAAGAAAAAUGUGAAUGUUUGAGAAGGCCACUGCUGCUGUUCUAGAAGUAAAUCUUUUUUUUUGUGUGUGUGUGGGUGUGUGGUUGUUUUGUUCAUUGUGUGAAGCAGCACCUUUGUCAUAGGGCUGUGCCCCUGGCUGUAGCAUUAGAAUGCACUGGGCUCUUCUCUGUUUGCUAUCAUUCUUCAUUCUGUAGCUCCAGCAUUGAGAUUGAACUCCUCUUUAAAUGUCCCGAUCUGGCUUUGAGCUGCUACUGUAGAACCAUGCUUGCAUGGCCUUUGCCUGCACUUAUUCACGUCACACAGUUUAAAUGCAUGAUGUUUUUUAGAACAGAGAAUCACCGGCAGUGGUAAACAGCUUCUCCCAAUCAUAGCAAAAAAAAGGUGGUGGAGGCAUUUAAAAAGACAAAAUAGUUAAGUAACAAAACUCCGCGCUCACGAGAAACACAUCUAACGUAAAGAGGAACGAAAUGUAAACUCAAUUCAAAAAUGGGGUAAAGAAUUAAAAACAUUGUAUUGAAAUGCUAAUACCAGUUUACUGUUAGUUAUUAAGAUGCCAACAGUUGUGUUCCAGAUUCAGAUUGUAUUUCCAUUCUAUUACCCUCGAAUAGCUGCCAGUUUAACCCUAAUUGGGCACGCCUGAGAAAAGCCAUCAUCACAGAUGGGGUUUGCAAUCUAUAUUCUUAUUGAUAUUAUUGUAUGGGUUAUUAAAUGUGUUAGUUACCUAUUAAUCCACUUUAACAAUACAAUCUUAACUCGUAGGUUGAUGUAAUUAUAUGUCUGAAUGCCUCCUACCGUCAUGAAGAGUUCAUCUAAUAGGCUUUUAGUAAAACAAUGAACAUUACAAAGACUAGAAUGAACGUGUUGCUGUAUUAGAAUGGCAUUAAGCAAUCAGGACUAUUCAUUCGGAUUGUAUUGUCUUGUGAUGGGCAGCCUAAUCAAGCUGUACAUGGAUUCCUGGUUUGCUGAUUUAAAAUAAGCCUUGUCACCUCACAUAAUGGAGAGGCAGCUGUACAGCAAACCUGUGAGUGUCGCUGUGUGGUUUUAUUAGGAGGACAAGAAGCAAAAACUUGAGAAAGCAUCUCCCAAAAAUCCCUUGAAAUAAUAAGACAUGGUUUAUCCUGACGAGCCUUACAUCUUUAAUAAGGCUUGAGUACCACGGUUUAAUAACCCAUAGUUAAACCCAAUCUGAAGGUUAAAAUGACCCCCUACUGUGCAGUGCAGCUGUCUUGUUAACAGUAAAAAUAAUGUUGUCUAGGGGGUGCACUCCCUUAUUUCUCCUGCAGGAGGCAGGCUUUUGCACUCCGAGGCCUUGUGCUUUAAGGAGAUGCUUUUCUUGAGAACAGGAAAGAGGCCUCGAGUUCCCAAAGUAUUUCCCGAUACCAAUUGAUUGAACAGGAACACAAAUGCUGUGCUUAUGCCUAAAAUAGGUGCUGUUUUGCUAAUCGCAGUAGUAGGAGUAAAGUAGCAGUAUUGUUACAAAUAUUUAUUUGGUUUUAUAAUACUUGACUGUUUUGUAUUAUUUGCUUGACCAAAAUGAU